AUGUUCAAGCAAUUCAACUUGAGAUGCCUGACGCCGCUUGCCAGCGGCGUCUCCUCAAGAGUUCAAGUUCCGUGGAAUGUUUCGAUGAUAAUGUCUUUGAACAAUACUUCACUUGGUGGAAUCAGAUCUAUGGCCAGCAUCACUCCAACCGGGAAUGAAGAACAAUCUUCAGUUGACGAUGUCAAUGUCCAUAUGUUGAAAAUCGUUCCUAAUAACACAGAUGUGGUAGCACUAGAGAAGCAAGACGAAUUGUUAAGAAGAAGAAGAAAGUUGGCUAAGGAAGUUACACAAAUGAAGAAAUUGAAACCGGUUUCUCCAGGUUUGAGAUGGUACCGUGCGCCAAUUUAUCCAUAUUUGCAUAAGGGAAGACCUGUUAAAUCUUUGACUCUUGCCAAGAGAGGAAAUGGUGGUAGAAACCAUAGUGGUAAGAUCACGGUGAGACAUCGUGGUGGUGGUCAUAAAAGAAGAUUGAGAACAGUCGAUUUCAGUCGUUUCGAAUCUGGUAUGCAAACUGUGGAAAGAAUCGAAUACGAUCCUGGUAGAAGUGCACAUAUUGCAUUGAUAAAACAUAACGAUACUGGUGCCCUAAGCUACAUUUUAGCAUGUGAUGGGCUAAGAGCUGGGGAUACCAUCGAAUCAUACAGAAAAGGUAUUCCACCAUCAUUUUUGAAAGAAAUGGGUGGGAAGAUCGAUCCUGCCAUCUUAUCUGUUAGAACAGCUCAAAGAGGUAACUGUCUACCAAUCUCUAUGAUCCCAAUCGGAUCCAUCGUUCAUAAUAUUGGUAUCACUCCUACAGGUCCAGGUAAGUUCUGUCGUGCUGCUGGUUCUUACGCACGUAUCUUAUCCAAGAUCCCAGAAAAGAAUAAAGCUGUUGUCCGUCUACAAAGUGGUGAGCACCGUUACGUAUCAUUGGAAGCUGCAGCUACCAUGGGUGUUGUCUCAAAUAUUGACCAUCAAAACCGUUCUCUAGGUAAAGCUGGUAGAUCUAGAUGGUUGGGUAUAAGACCAACUGUCAGAGGUGUGGCAAUGAACAAAUGUGACCAUCCUCACGGUGGUGGUAGAGGUAAAUCUAAGUCCAAAAAGUUGUCCAUGUCUCCAUGGGGUCAAUUGGCCAAGGGUUACAAGACAAGAAGGGGUAAGCAUCAAAACAAAAUGAAGGUUAAAGAUAGACCAAGAGGUAAGGCUGGUAGAAAGGCUAGACAAUGA